UCUGGCUUUGAAUAUGAUGGAUGCAUAUAAUAAACAUGCAGUUCCAGUUUGCUACAAGUGACUUGGCCUUGUGUGCCCCCUAUUGAUAAAGUCAGGAACACCAAUGCUUGAAUGCUUCUCCAACAGAUCAUUUGUGUGAGACCACUGGCUCAUCUAGUUCCCUUGUGGGAAUUACAUAGCCCUUCUGUUGUUCCUGGUCUGCAGGUCCCACUGAUGAUGAAAUGUAAUGGGAGGUGCAGUGAAAUAGAGUUUGGCAGUAUUCCCUUCCUUGUCUGUGUAGUAGCAUCUCCUUAGAUGUUUGCAUCUCUGUUUUUUCCCAACUGUCCUGGAAACGCUGGGGAUUGGACCUGGGACUUACUGCACACAAAGCACUCUGUGGUUGUACGGAGAGCUCUGAGCAAGUUCAGAGUGUCACUUUCCAAAUAACCACAGACUCAAAGGUUUCCAAGGUCAAAGAGGUGACAGAUUGGCAAGUUCCCACCCAUUUCCCCUCCCCCCUUUUCUUUCUUUCUUCUGUACGAGUUCCUGCCCUGUUCCAUUCAGCCUGUGUGUUGUCAUCCGGCUCUUGGCAGUAGCUGCCGUCUUCCCUCCAGUUGCCAGGAAGUCUCUCGUCAGCAUCUGGCCAGGAUGCUGGGGGGACAGCAAGGUGCCAGGAAGAGAACACGCACUUCCCGUGUUUCCCUCACCCCUGCUGCUGGAUCUCUCUCUCCCUUCUCCCCCCGCCCCUUCCCUAGGCUCAUUUCUCUCCUUUGCUUACCCAUUGCAGGUCCAUCCCAUGAUGGAUUACAAAGCCACGCUCACCAGCACAGCUUUUCUGGAGCCCUGAGGAACCAGGAGCAAACCUCUCUUGCUUGCUCCUUUUUUAUUCUUCUCCUCUUAGGGCUUAUCUGGAUGCCGGCGGCCCACGAAGCCACUUCCCUCUGGGUUCUGCCCCAGUGUGUCCUUUCCUGUGGUGUUGGAUAGACUGCUGCUGAGCCGAUCGAAGAAGAUGUUUCUUUGGACUGGUCCACAAAAGAUGUCUCUCCUCAGCUUGCUGCCCCCCCGAGAGCCUUGAUGGGACAAAGUUUUUUUUAAGUGAGAUUAAUCUGGUUAGCUUUACCCAGAGGAAGGUUGUCUGGCUACCCCUCCAAUGACCAGGCAUUUCUUUGCCUGGAUGCACCGCUAAAGAAUAGACACAAAGAAUGUCAGGCAAGCCAGGAUCCUAAGCCGAGUUUCUAGGAAGUUGCACUGCUCAGAGAACAAACCACAACAGGAGAGCCCUCCUCAAGGCCCUUUUUCCUCCUCCAGACCUUUGACCUUCCUUCCUCCCAGAAUCCAUCUGCCAGUUCAUGCUCCCACUUCUGGUUUUCAAAAGCCAUAGAGAAAGAAACUAAAGGAUGAUUCUGUUCACAGAGUCAUGCCUCAUGGUGCUUCCUUCGUAACUUACUAGCAAAUAUAAUUUCUCUGUGAUGGAGAUGGAUAGACUUUUGGCUAUGGCAACAUGAGGUGGUAGGCAUUUUCUCAGGGGCUAAGAUCACCGGGCACUUUAAAUCCAGAGCUCGAUGACAAUCUCAUACUCUCCAGGGGGGAAAUUACACUGACCUUUCCUCUGUCCCUAAACAGAGUGUCGUAUGCUAUUGGACCUGGGAGAAUUCUGGCAGCGGUUUGCACUGUGGCCAGAACCAGCGUGAACUUUUCUAGCCCGUCAGCCCCGUGGCUAGUAGCUACAUGGAAGACUUGAGCAAAUCCGCCUCAUGGCUGAGGGCCGAGCUGGCCUCCCCUUCCCCAUGUCUCCACAUCCUCGAUUGCCGCAGCCGGGAGCUGUAUGACUCGUCCCAUGUGGAACGGGCCCUGAGCGUGGCCCUCCCUGGGUUGUUGCUCCGGCGCCUCCGCAAGGGGAACCUUUCUGUCCGGUCCUUGUUGCCUGCACCACCGCAGGGCCUCCGGGACAACCCUGUCCUACUGUAUGAUGAGGGAACACUUCAUCUGCCCCAACAUGGAGGCCAUGAGGACGAUGAAGACUCGGUGCUGGUGACAUUGCUGCAGAAGCUGCGGGAGGAAGGUUGCUCGGCUUACUACCUCCAGGGAGGCUUCCAUAAAUUUCAAGCUGAGUGUCCACAUCUUUGUGAGACCAACCUGGAUGCCGCCAUCGCUAGCAGCUCACCUGUGCUCCCCGCUGCCCCGGUGGUUGGCCUGGGAGGUUUGAGCCUUAGCUCGGAUUGCUCGGAUGCCGAGUCGGAGCCUCUUAGCAGCGGCAUGGAGUCGGAAGGGGCCAGCCCCCCAUCCUUUCCUGUGCAGAUUCUACCCAACCUGUACCUGGGCAGUGCCCGUGAUUCGGCCAACCUGGACACCUUGGCCAAGCUUGGUAUCCGCUACAUCCUUAAUGUUACGCCCAACUUGCCCAACCUCUUUGAGAAGAAUGGUGACUUCCAUUACAAGCAGAUCCCCAUCUCGGACCACUGGAGUCAGAAUCUCUCCCAGUUUUUCCCUGAGGCCAUCGAAUUCAUUGAUGAAGCCCUGUCUCGGAACUGUGGCAUUCUGGUGCACUGCUUGGCGGGGAUCAGUCGCUCUGUCACCGUCACCGUCGCCUACCUCAUGCAGAAGCUCAACCUCUCCCUCAACGAUGCCUAUGACCUGGUGAAGAGGAAGAAGUCCAACAUCUCACCCAACUUCAACUUCAUGGGGCAGCUGCUGGACUUCGAGAAGUCCCUGGGGCUCAACCGCAGUAGCCGCCCCACCUCCAGCCAGACCUGCUUCUUCACCUCGCCCACCGAUGACAGUGUCUUUGAGCUGGACCCCACGUAGCGGGCAGGAGGGGGCACAAUAUGCGUGCUGGCUUUGCUUCUUGUCCUCUUCUGCUCUUUGGUUCUCCCUGCCCUGGCGGCAGAGCCCUUUGGCACCAACAGAAUUACCUCAUGCCAGAGAGAGAAUGAGAGACGGGGACUGCCUCUUUUGAAACCUACUGCCACUUUGAGAGCAGGUUUUUGCUGCUUUCCUCUGUUCUCUUGGGCAGCAACAGUGAUGCUGUGUCCCUACCAAUCUUACAGCUAUGCGGACAGGGCCACACCAAUAACCAAAGAAAGACUCCUGCCCUACUUUGUCAUAGUCACCUCCUCGUCCACAGGAGUCCUGUACAGAGCUGUGUCUGGAGUGUUUUGUGGUAGACAUACCGCAUGUCAAACACGGUCCCUUUUGCCCCCUGUUCCAUGGGGCACAUCAGGGCUGGCACCUGCUGGUUGCUAAUGAUCUCCAUCGUAUCUAGAAUCCUUCCUCACCUUGUGACUCCACAGCUAUAAUUCUGAAAUUAAACUGGAGAUCUGUAGCUUUCUCAGAAGGAUUCUACCUGCCUAGGAUAUCAGAAUCCAGGGAGAACCAGAUCUACUCUGGAGUGAACAAAAAUGCCUCCAACGGUAGCCGUAUCCAGUUGGGAUCCUGUAUCUCCAAAGUGGAGAGCCACCAGCUGCCUCUCUCACUGUCAUUUCUAGGGCCUUGGUUGAACUGCAGAAGCUGAAAGGAUGUCCCAGAUUAUUUUGCAUCACCCGAGACUCUAAAAUUGCCUUAAGGAUCCUCUGUUAAGUCUGACGAUUAACUGAAACUGUUGAAGAGGAUGGAGAAUUUCCACCCUUUCCUCUUCCGUCUUGGAACUCUGGUUCUAGAAGUUCCUCCUGCCAGAACACAUUGGAAGCUCUGCAAUUAAUCCAGGUCAAAUUGUGUCAUAAAUGUACCUCAUCUGUCACCUCACAACUCCUCAUCCUCAAAGCAGCACCUCUGGCUGCUUCUGAAGCUAUUGGGGUGUAGGGAGCAAAUGGAAAAAUGUGUAUCUAGUUUGAAGCUUUGGGAUAGGCUCAUACCAGGAAUUCACAGCAUAAGGGAUGGCAUGAUGUUACUGCAUGGGAUGUAGGAUCAUGUUGGAGCAGCUCUGUGUGUGUGUGUGUGCUUUGUGCAAAUUCUGGCACUUGUAUGUGUGUAUAUUUGUGUGUGCCUUAAUGCCGCUGCAUGUGAGCAGUCAGCAGCAUUUGUGUGUACUAGGCGGCAUUUGCCCAGCAACAGCAUGCCGAGACUUAAUUUGCUUCCUGGGCUUAUUUCCACAAUUUUUGGGUUUGAAUUAAAUUUUGGGACCAGGACUCGGUGAAAUCAUAUCAAAGAAGUUGGCAUCUCUGAGCAUGUGCAGAAAAAUUAAUAAAUGCCAACUGGAUGUUUCCUUCCUCGCCACCAGCUGCCCCCUUGGAUUUGAAACUGCCUGUGCAGUUUCAGGUUCAAGACUUACACAACAGCUAGAGUCUUGGCAUUUAUGAAUUUUUGUUUUAAUACCAUAAAUGCUUACCUAGGAAUCAAUCCCACUGAACUCAGUGGUACUUGUUUCUGUAUAGGAUUGUGCUGUAAAUUAACCACUGCCUGUAUGUGAGUGUGGUCAGAAAACAGUGUGUUUGUAGUAUGUCCAUUUUCCAAUCGAGGCUGUUGCUCUUGCUCUUGCUGUUUACUGUGAAUUUGUUGGGCUGCAUCUGUGCUAUGAUUCUACAAAAAAGUGGGGACAGAAUGACAUUGUCUGCAGGAUUCUGCUUCCUAAAAAUUCUGCAUCUUUUUCCUUUUCUUGUUCUUCCUUAUAAGCAACCUUCUGGCCCUUGGGGCUACUGAAACCUGUGCCUGUGAGCAAUGCUUGCUAAAGUAAUCCCAGUUGAUGCCUCCUGUGUGGGGAGGCUCCCUUGCCUAGUUCCCACUCUGAUCCUCCCAAGAUUAGUAAAACCAGAAUAUAUUAUGCAAAACAGUCACAAUGUUAUGCAAAGUCUGACCAGUUAUGCAAACUUGCUCAGUUCACCUGGCUUACAAAAUCCAACUUUUCUCAAAAUUUGGACACAAAAUUUUCUUGAUAUUUUUUAUGCAGGCUACGCACAAGCCCUGUGUACCUGUAUGUGUGUGAACACAGGUUUUGCACAGUGGUGUUUGUCUCUGGAUCUAUGCUUUUCAUUUUAUUCUUUUUUUUACUGGCAGUUGAGAGUCAGUCUAAAGAGGAAUUGCUAUUUUGGUAUCCUGGUCUCUUGUUCUUCAAAUGAAUGUAAAUGGCUGUGGAGCUGAGAUGGUGGUGGGCACAAGGUGCCUUUGCCAUGGUCAACCAGACACUUCAAUAAAGCAGGACUUUAAACAAUA